GAUUUGAGGGAGAUAUACAAGGAACAAGUAACUGCUUGCGUUUCACCGAACUUCACCCUGCACUGCUGAAGUCUCCGAAUUUUCCUGUCUACUACGGUGGUGAAGAUGACGAUCGUGUCGACAAAGCUCCAGGCUUGCACUUGUUUGUUGGUGUUAGCCGUCGCCAUCUCCUUCAGUGGUACCGUGGUGGAUGCCAAAAGGCAUUCAAAAUUUAAGAAGCUUGAGUUCUACUUGCACGAGCAGUUUGUGGAUGAGCCAGGAUACCCGGUCACUGACGUGCUGGUUGCAUCAGCCACGGGCAAUACGUCGACGUACGCUUUCGGAAAUCUCGGAAUUUCAGAGCAGAUCAUCAGGGAAGGGGUCAGCAACACUUCGACCAUCAUCGGCAGAGCACCGGGGACGUACCAGCCCAACAAGGAGAACAGAACCUUCGCCCUGUACAAAUUGCUGACCCUCCAGACACAAGAAUGGAACGGCACCCUCGUCGUCUUCUGCGACUGGCUUUCGGAUGCAGAUUCUAACGAAUGGACCGUCGUGGGAGGAACUGGAACGUUUAGAAUGGUGAGAGGAUACGCGAUCAACACAAUAGCAGCUGGAACCUCAGCCUCCAACUUUCUCACACUGAAGUGGGAAGUUUUCCUAUACCGAUGAAUAUGUUCACACUAUAGAAUACGUCGGCUGUAACGGACACUUUCUUCGCAUCUCUCGACAGCGUGGUGGCUGUAUUUUGAGCCGAAUGGAAGGGCCUGCUCUUGUGACCAGAACACGGAGAUCCGUGUGGGUUUGAAUGCUAUCUCUGGCGGUAGAUUCUGUAUGCUUGUAUGUAGAUAUAGCUAGAAAUUGGUCGAUUCAAGAUCUUUCUUCGAAUUCGUCUGGUGCGCACAAAAGAUUGGCUCCGUUAAAAACAAUCUUCAUUGAUUCAAUAAAAUCUCGAGCAAUUACG